AUGUAGUAUAUUUUUAAGGGUAUCAAGACUAUUCCUGCUUCUAAGGACAUGAUCAACAUUGUCCUUUCCAAGACUUAAAGAAAGACUCCUACCGUUGUUCAUCCAGGCUAUUCCAUUGGUCGUAUUAGAGGUUUCUACAUGCGUAAGAUUAAGUUCACUUAAGAUACUAUGCAUGAAAAAUUCAAUGACAUUUUGAAUGGUUUCCCUAAAUUGGAUGACAUCCAUCCCUUCUUCGCUGAUUUAUUCAAUGUCCUUUAUGACAAGGAUCACUAUAAGCUUGCCUUGGGUCACGUUCAUUCUUGCAUGAACUUGGUUGACAACAUUUGCACAGAUUACGUUAGACUUAUCAAGUAUGGUGACUCUCUCUAUCGUUGCAAGCAAUUGAAGAAAGCUUGUUUGGGAAGAAUUUGCACAAUCAUAAAGAAGUUAAAUAGCAGCUUAAAUUAUUUGGAAGAAGUCAGAAAACAUUUAGCAAGAUUGCCUUCAGUUAACCCCUUCGAAAGAACUUUAAUGAUUACUGGUUACCCCAAUGUCGGUAAAAGUAGUUUCAUCAAUUAAAUCACUAAGGCUAACGUUGAAGUCUAAAGUUAUCCUUUCACAACUUAAUCACUUUAUGUUGGUCAUACUGAAUACCAAAAUGUCAGAUGGUAGGUUAUUGAUUCACCUGGUAUUCUUGAUCAUCCUUUAGAACAACGUAACACAAUUGAAAUGUAAAGUAUUACUGCUUUAGCUCACUUGAAGGCUUGCAUUCUCUUCUUUAUUGAUUUAUCUGAAUAAUGCUCAUACAGUAUUGAAUAAUAAGUAAGCUUAUUCAACUCUAUUAAGCCUCUCUUUAAGAAUAAGCCUCUUUGCAUCGUUCUCAGUAAGUGCGAUUUGAAAUCUUUUGAAGAUCUUUCUCAAGAAAAUAAGGAUAUCCUUAACAGCCUUGCUAAGGAUUAAAAUGUAUCUCUUCUUUAAAUGUCCAAUAAAACUGGUGAAGGUAUUGAAAACCUCAAGGUCCAAGCUUGCGAAACUCUCUUAAAGCAUCGUGACGGUUAAAAAAUUGAAUAACUUUCUGGUGGUAACCAAAUUUUAAAGAGAGAAGAAGAAGUUUUAAGAGGUUUACAUGUUGCUAAACCUACUAAAGUUAGAGAUAGCAAUGUAGUAAGAGCUCCUGUCAUCCCCUAAACUGUCAAGAGUGGUAUUAAGAAUGAAAAGCCUACUCUCAAAGAAAUUCAAGAAGAACAUGGUGGUGCUGGUGUUUUCAACUUCCCAUUAUAAGAACAUUUCGAUUUAGCCAACCCUGAAUGGAAGUAUGAUGCUAUACCUGAAAUCAUGGACGGUAAAAACAUUGCUGAUUAUGUUGACCCUGAUAUUCUUGAAAAACUUGAAGAACUUGAAAGAGAAGAAGAAAUGCUUGAAAAAGCUAGAGAAGAAAAGGGAGACAUGAGUGAAGAAAGCGAUGGCGAUUUACCUGAUGAAUACUAUGAAGCUCAUGAAAUUGUCCAAUCAAAAUAAAAAUUACUUAAAAUCGAACACAAGUUAAAGAGACACACAACUGCUCAUGUUCAUAAGGAAGCUUUAAGUGAAGUUAAAAAGGAUCUCGAAACUAAAGGUAUUGAUUCUACUAAGCUUGAAUAAAGAGUUCUUGCCAAGAGAUAACCAAGAAGAUUACUUGAUCAAAUUAAAGACGAAAAAGAUAUUGAAGAUGAUGAUGAAGAUAUCAUGGAAGAUGAAGGUGUUGCUGAUAGAAAGAAGAUUGAAAAGAAAUUAGAAAAGAAGUAAAGAUCUGCCUCUAGAUCAAGAUCUAAAGGUAUCAAUCCCAAUCCUAUUUUAACUCCUGCUGAUAAGGCUAUGCAAAGACUUAAAUACAAGAUUGAAAAGACUUGGUCUGGUAUGGCUGGUGAAGCUGACAGAAGUAUUGCCUAAAAGAUGCCCAAGCAUCUUUUCUCUGGUAAGAGAAAACAAAAAGCAGAUAGACGUUGA